AUUGACAUGUUGCUGGUGUAGAGGUAGAGGGGACUUUUUUUCGGCAGAGUUGUUUGAUAUGGGAACUGAUAGUUCUAGGGGCUGCUUUUUUGUUUGUUUGUUUACUGCUCAAUUAAUAGCACUCCUCCGUUCCACUCCAGUGGAUGUUAUGUUAGUGAUACUGUAGGAAGUGAAAAUCUGCCUGCCUGCCUGCAGAUUGGAUCUCAUGCAAUCUCAUGCCAUAAUUAAAAUAGGAUUUAACCACAGGCUAUACAAGAAAAGCAAUAUGAUGGUUUCUAAUUUAUUGCAUGUGGUUGUUCUCUCUCCCUCUCCAGCAUGGUGCUUUAGACUGUUCGCUGUUGUUCUGUUCAUAGUCUCCUACUACUGCUCCCACGUUAUCCUCCAGAGGUAAGGCUUCUCCUGCUCGGCCCUCAGCCCUCAGCCCUGGUCUACUGCCUGGAAGCUCCCUCUCUGUGGAGUGGCAGGCAGAGCAAUCACACAGAUGCUCAUCUAUGCUUUACUAAAAGAGAAACCUUGAAAUAAGGCCUGCUGCUGAGUCACAACAUGUUGACAACCCACUCCAUUCACCUAGCCUAGCAUCUGUUCUACCCACAGCUUUAAGUGGGUAAAUGGCAGUCAAUUUAGGCCUUUAAUAGAUACCCACACAGUCACUGGGCAUUUGAGUGUUUAAAAAGUCAGCAGUUUCUGUUCCAACUGUGGUGAUUUGUGUGCUUGUCUUUCAGCUAUGGAGGCACCAGCAAGUCUCCUACAAGUCCGAGCAAGUCACUGUGCGGCGGCUGGCUAAAGCAGAAGUGGGAGAGCCUCCAUUUUAAGUGAGUAAUGGAGUGUCUGUCUUUAAAACGAGGAGGGUGGGGAUGAUGGGUUUCAGUCUAACUAAUUUCUUCCAAUGCUUUUACUGGAAUGUGAGGUGCCAGCUUCUUUGGAAAUUGGGGGCUGUUUUCACCCAGUCACCAGUAAAAUUCAGCAUUUUUUUGUAAGUAGGAACAAUUUUAUCAUGAAAGGAAAUAAUUUUCUACCCAAAGACUCAGUAAAGUACAUUUUCUGGAACAAUCGUUUAAGUUGAAACUGCUGAUGGAUCGUCAUUGAAAACAGACCCCUAAGAGCAAGUCUGUUUUUAAAGGAGCUUUCGAUUCAAACAAUUCAACUUUUUCAGGAGGACAAUGGACAAAUCUAUUUCUCUGGCUUGCUGAGUACCUUUGUCCAGGACACUUCUUCUAUUUAUUUUUACUCUAUGCUAUUAUCAAUUUAUUCAACUGGGUAUGUACUGGAACUGUUCUGUUUGUGUGCCCUGCUCAAGGGUGCAAAAGUGAUAUGCUCCAUCUGUGUUCUCCUGGCCCAGCAACCUUGGGGUCAGCCAUUUGUUUCUCUAACCACUAGACGAUGCAGUUCAGUUGGCCUCCUCAGCUCAGUUCAGACAGGACCUGUAAAAUAUAGAGAUCAACAACGCUACAUUUUCUCACUGUUUACCAACUGAUUGUGAUUCAUAUGAUGAGAAUGUCAUUUUUCACAUGGAGUCUCAGUAAUGUAUAGUGCAUUCGGAAAGUAUUCAGACCCCUUCACUUUUUCCACAUUUUGUUACGUUACAGCCUUAUUCUAAAAAUGGAUUACAUCUACACACAAUACCCCAUAAUGACAAAGCGAAAACAGGUUUUUAGAAAUGAUUUACAUAAGUAUUCAGACCCUUUGCUAUGAGACUCGAAAUUGAGCUCAGGUGCACCCUGCUUCCAUUGAUCAUCCUUGAGAUGUUUCUACAACUUGAUAGGAGUCCAUCUUUGGUAAAUUCAAUUGAUUGGACAUGAUUUGGAAAGGCACACACCUGUCUAUAUAAGGUCCCACAUGUUAGAGCAAAAACCAAGCCAAGUCGAAGGAAUUGUCUGCAGAGCUCCGAGACAGGACUGUGUCGAGGCACAGAUCUGGGGAAGGGUACAAAAACAAUUCUGCAGCAUUGAAGGUCCCCAAGAACACAGUGGCCUGCAUCAUUCUUAAAUGGAAGAAGUUUGGAACCACCAAGACUCUUCCUAGAGCUGGCCGCCCGGCCAAACUGAGCAAUCGGGGGGAGAAGGGCCUUGGUCAGGGAGGUGACCAAGAACCCGAUGGUCACUCUGACAGAGCUCCAGAGUUCCUCUGUUGAGAUGGGAGAACCUUCCAGAAGGACAACCAUCUCUGCAGCACUCCACCAAUCAGGCCUUUAUGUUAGAGUGGCCAGACGGAAGCCACACCUCAGUAAAAGGCACAUGACAGCCCGUUUGGAGUUUUCCAAAAGGCACCUAAAGUGGUUUCAGACCAUGAGAAACAAGAGUGUCUUGUCUGCUGAAACCAAGACUGAACUCUUUGGCCUGAAUGCCAAGCGCCAUGUCUGAAGGAAACCAGGCACCGCUCAUCACCUGGCCAAUACCAUCCCUACGGUGAAGCAUGGUGUUGGCAGCAUCAUGCUGUGGGGAUGUUUUUCAGCGGCAGGGACUGGGAGAGGGAAAGAUGAACCGAGCAUAGUACAGAGAGAUCCUUGAUGAAAACCUGCUCCAGAGGGCUCAGGACUGCAGAGUGGGGUGAGGGUUCAACUUCCAACAGGACAACGACCCUAAGCACACAGCCAAGACAACGCAGGAGUGGCUUUGGGACAAGUCUCUGAAUGUCCUUGAGUGGCCCAGCCAGAGCCCGGAUUUGAACCUGAUCAAACAUCUCUGGAGAGACCUGAAAUAGCCUGUGCAGCGACGCUCCCCAUCCAGCCUAACAGAGCUUGAGAGGAUCUGCAGGGAAGAAUGGGAGAAACUCCCCAAAUACAGGCGUGCCAUGCUUGUAGCGUCAUACCCAAGAAGACUCGAGGCUGUAUUUGCUGCCAAAGGUGCUUCAACAAAGUACUGAUAUUUCAGUUUUUCUAUUUUUAAUACAUUUGCUAAUGAAUUCUAAAAACCUGUUUUUUGCUUUGUCAUUAUGUGGUAUUGUGUGUAGAUUGAUGAGGGAAAAAAAACAAUUAAUCCAUUUUAGAAUGAGGCUGUAGCGUAACAAAAUGUGGGAAAAGUGCAGGAUUCUGAAUACUUUCCCAAUGCACUGGAACUUAUUAUUUUCUUCUUCUUCUUCUUGGCAGGAAAAAUGCCAACAGUUGAUUUUAUGCAGGGGCAUGCUUGCUGAAUGACAUCAUGUAAACACAUUACUUUUUGAGAGGGGAAACAUUUAUUGAAAUCGGCUUUGCGUAUAAUGAAUAUGAUUUCUCUGCCUAAUAGACAUGGGGAUUGAUUACACUGAACUAUGAGAAGGAAUUACGGCUAAGGUCGUAUACUUUAUAUCCCCAUGCCAUUGGCAGUAUGGAAUAUUUAGUAGGAACUGUACAGUAUAUCCUUGCGUAUUUCUGGGUUGUAAUGUGAAUUAUUUUCUCCCCUGUUUAUAAUACAGUAUUAGCAGACAAACACAGCUCUUCUUCAAACUGGAUGAUUUCUUCUGGCGACAGCAUCAGUCCACAUUAGCGUUACCCUACGGUAUUAAAGGAAGUGGUAUGUUCUCUCAUUUCAUUGUGUAAUUGCUUUGUUUCCUCUCUUUCCCACAAAGCCUUUAAUGGAACAUGUUUAUGAAAUUGCAUUUCAUUCUAAUUACGCUUUUAUUCAAAAAAGGUAAGGAUGCCACCAAGUGUUCUCACUAUCUUUGAUAAACAUCGAUAUUCAAUGUUUUUUCCAAAAUGUUGUCUCAAGACUUACUUAACCAAAUUGAUCCACAUGGACCAAAGCGGGUUUGUUAAAAAGCGUUUUUCCUCGGAUGUCCUCUGUCGACUAUUACAUAUCUUAGAUGCUUCAUCAGAAACAACAGCUCCUUGGGCUGUAUUAUCUCUCGAUGCAGAAAAAGCUUUUGAUAGACUAGAAUGGUCAUAUCUCUGGUCUGUCUUGGAACAUACAGUGGGGGAAAAAAGUAUUUAGUCAGCCACCAAUUGUGCAAGUUCUCCCACUUAAAAAGAUGAGAGAGGCCUGUAAUUUUCAUCAUAGGUACACGUCAACUAUGACAGACAAAUUUAGAUUUUUUUUCUCCAGAAAAUCACAUUGUAGGAUUUUUUUAUGAAUUUAUUUGCAAAUUAUGGUGGAAAAUAAGUAUUUGGUCACCUACAAACAAGCAAGAUUUCUGGCUCUCACAGACCUGUAACUUCUUCUUUAAGAGGCUCCUCUGUCCUCCACUCGUUACCUGUAUUAAUGGCACCUGUUUGAACUUGUUAUCAGUAUAAAAGACACCUGUCCACAACCUCAAACAGUCACACUCCAAACUCCACUAUGGCCAAGACCAAAGAGCUGUCAAAGGACACCAGAAACAAAAUUGUAGACCUGCAACAGGCUGGGAAGACUGAAUCUGCAAUAGGUAAGCAGCUUGGUUUGAAGAAAUCAACUGUGGGAGCAAUUAUUAGGUAAAUGGAAGACAUACAAGACCACUGAUAAUCUCCCUCGAUCUGGGGCUCCACGCAAGAUUUCACCCCGUGGGGUCAAAAUGAUCACAAGAACGGUGAGCAAAAAUCCCAGAACCACACGAGGGGACCUAGUGUAUGACCUGCAGAGAGCUGGGACCAAAGUAACAAAGCCUACCAUCAGUAACACACUACGCCAACAGGGACUCAAAUCCUGCAGUGCCAGACGUGUCCCCCUGCUUAAGCCAGUACAUGUCCAGGCCCGUCUGAAGUUUGCUAGAGUGCAUUUGGAUGAUCCAGAAGAGGAUUGGGAGAAUGUCAUAUGGUCAGAUGAAACCAAAAUAUAACUUUUUGGUAAAAACUCAACUCGUCGUGUUUGGAGGACAAAGAAUGCUGAGUUGCAUCCAAAGAACACCAUACCUACUGUGAAGCAUGGGGGUGGAAACAUCAUUGCUUUGGGGCUGUUUUUCUGCAAAGGGACCAGGACGACUGAUCCGUGUAAAGGAAAGAAUGAAUGGGGCCAUGUAUCAUGAGAUUUUGAGUGAAAACCUCCUUCCAUCAGCAAGGGCAUUGAAGAUGAAACGUGGCUGGGUCUUUCAGCAUGACAAUGAUCCCAAACACACCGCCCGGGCAACGAAGGAGUGGCUUCGUAAGAAGCAUUUCAAGGUCCUGGAGUGGCCUAGCCAGUCUCCAGAUCUCAACCCCAUAGAAAAUAUUUGGAGGGAGUUGAAAGUCCGUUUUGCCCAGCGACAGCCCCAAAACAUCACUGCUCUAGAGGAGAUCUGCAUGGAGGAAUGGGCCAAAAUACCAGCAACAGUGUGUGAAAACCUUGUGAAGACUUACAGAAAACGUUUGACCUGUGUCAUUGCCAACAAAGAGUAUAUAACAAAGUAUUGAGAAACUUUUGUUAUUGACCAAAUACUUAUUUUCCACCAUAAUUUGCAAAUAAAUUCAUUAAAAAUCCUACAAUUGGUGGCUGACUAAAUACUUUUUUUCUCCACUGUAUAGGAAUUGGCUCCAAUCACAUUAAUAUUAUUAAUAUACUGUAAUACUGUUUACUGCUGUAAAAGUCACCACUGUUCCCCUGCUAUAAAGUAAUGCUUGCUCUUUGGGGUUUUAGGCUGGGUAUCUGUAUAGCACUUUGUGAUAACUGCUGAUGGAAAAAGGGCUUUAUAAAAUACAUUUGAUUGAGAAGCAUUAUGGAGUCAAUGUCCACUAGGUUUAUGCUCCCUUUCCAGAAAACAUGUGUGACAUGUGUUGAGUUUACAACUAGUUAGUUGGAAACAGUACUGGGUCAUUGGUCCUCUCAAUAUGGACUUCUCUAUGUGAAAACAAACUGUCCUCAGCAUCUACAGUAAAUCCAAGUGAUCACACCUUUUUUAAUCCCUCUCUCUUUUCCAGAGUUACUGCUGCUGAAGGUUUUAGCCGUUAUUGCCAAUUACAAAAUGCCAGCCAGCAUUGAUAGGUAAGUGUGAUGAGUGUUUCUUAGCCACAUUAGCAAUGCUGCUAACCUCUGGUGUGUCGUAUGAACCACUUUAUUUCUUACAAUAAUUGUUACGAUUGCAAAGAACCACCGAUGGCUGAUAUGUGUCUGAGAGCAAUAUAAAAAAAUAACUCUCCAAAAUGUAUUGUAGUGUAAAUGCUGUGUUAACAUAAUGACUCAUUGUCACAGUGGUGUGUGUUUAAUGGGUGGACUACUGUGCCACAAGGAAGCUGCCUUACUUCAUUAACUUCAUUAACUUAAUGUCAAGCAAGAAUGCCAAAUGUCAAAUCAAGCAGUGUGACCAGUCACUAUUACAAUGGCAGUGUUGGAAAAUGUACUGUAGUGUGCAGUUACAGCCACCCCUCUGAAAGUGGUCUUGAACUCUAAAAGGAUAGUAUAGGCAAUACUAAAGUAAAUGGAUUGUAAUAAUAGGAAGCAGUGAAUUAUACUGAACUUAAUUUAUUUUGUUUUAUUUCCUCAGUCUAGACUGCAGAACGUGUGCAGUCAUAGGAAAUGGGUUUGCCAUUAAAAACAGCUCCUUGGGGGGCGUCAUCAACGAGUACGAUGUGGUGAUCCGGUAAGUAUAAAGCCUAAUGGUUCCGUCCUGUUUUCUACCACAAAAAUCUUCAUUAAGUCCAUCCUCCCUCCUCUUCUGUUGAACUGUUGCUACGACUCACCACUUCUGUUUUAUUUCUCAGAUCUAUCUGAUGCACUACGUUUGAUGAUGGACUAUUUCCACAUUGACCCAAUGAUGUUCCUGCACAAUGAAUGGUGUUCCUAAUCAAUAUCAGUAUAUAGAGUGCAUUAUAUUGCAGACAGUACAGUCAAGAGCCAUAUCAUUUGAUAUCUAAAUAUGGCUCAGAGUACAUUCUAUAACUGCAAUAGCAUUUAGCCAGUCCCCCAAUGCCCUUUUCCAUAGCAAUUCCCGUAAUCCAGUACAAAACUAAAUAUGUUCUAUGAUGCAUUGUCCUCAAAAGAGGGAUAGUCUAAUUCGUAUUGCCCAUGAAAGCAUAAUGCAGUCAAUGGGCUGUACCAUAAUGGCCAGCUCAGACUGGUGACCUUGCUUUAAUGCCUUUCUCUAUGCAAUCAGUCAACUGUUGGGUUAACUCAGUCUCUUAAAAGGGGGAUUUGGUCUACCCUGCAGAAAAACACCCCAGCGUCCUCUUCAAAUCAGAUUUAUAGCCUUUGAAUGAACACAUGCAUUUUUGGUUUUUAUAAGCCUCUUACCAACAGCCCAGGCAAUUUUGCCUGGUCAUAUCCAGGGUUAGGUCAUAUCCAGGCACAAUGCACUCUGUUCUGCUCUGUUCUGUUUUGUUCUGUUCUGCUCUGCUUUGUUCUGCUUUGUUCUGUUCUGCUUUGUUCUGUUCUGUUCUGCUUUAUUCUGCUCUGCUCUGUUCUGUUCUGCUUUGAUCUGCUCUGUUCUGCUCUGCUCUGUUCUGCUCUGUUCUGCUUUUUUUCUGUUCUGCUCUGCUCUGUUCUGUUAUGCUUUGUUCUGCUCGUUCUGCUCUGCUCUGCUCUGUUCUGCUUUGUUUUGUUCUGCUCUGCUCUGUUAUGCUUUGUUCUGCUCUGCUUUGUUCUGCUCUGCUCUGUUUUGCUCUGUUCUGCUUUGUUUUGUUCUGCUCUGCUUUGUUCUGCUCUGCUCUGUUCUGUUUUGCUCUGUUCUGCUCUGUUCUGCUUUGUUCUGCUCUGCUUUGUUCUGCUCUGCUUUGUUCGGCUCUGCUCUGUUCUGUUCUGCUCUGUUCUGCUUUGUUCUGCUUUGUUCUGUUUUGCUUUGUUCUGCUCUGCUUUGUUCUGUUCUGCUCUGCUCUGUUCUGCUUUGUUCUGCUCUGCUUUGUUCUGCUCUGCUCUGUUUUGCUCUGUUCUGUUCUGCUCUGUUCUGCUUCGUUCUGCUACAUUCUGCUCUAUUCUGUUCUGCUUUGUUCUGUUCUGCUUUGCUCUGCUCUGCUCUGUUCUGCUUUGCUCUGUUCUGCUCAGCUCUUACUUCUCCCAUUCUCAGAAGCUAAUCUCACAGGCAGAGGAAAUUGAGUUAAUUGACAUUUGGUGCUCUGUUCUCCUACCAAGCCUGAUGUUCCCCACGCUUGCAUUAGGCUGGAGAAAUCUUAAAAUGCCAGACACAAUUAGAGCAAUCCUGUAUUAAAGUAUGAAAUCCUAAACACUAGAAACUAGACAGGGGUUUUCACCCCUGUUCAUGUUUUGAUACAUGGUUUGAUACAUACUACAGUGCAUUCUGUUACAUAAGAGGGAGGGUAGAACAGUUCUCAACUUAAAAUGCUAUCACUCAGAGUAUGAAGGUCACUUGAACUGUAGUAAAUUUCACCAGCCAUGGUGUGAGUGAUAUGCUUGUCACACAAGGCUACUUGAGCUGCGACUGUUAAGGUGGCAACGGUAGAAUUAACUUAGCAACACCUACAUGCUAUUUUUGUCCAGUGUAGCACUGUUACUUGGCAACCCUUUUAAUGGCUUUUUAUUCAAAAUUGAUACACACAAUCCAACAAAUUUACAUAGGUGCAGGAUACAAGGAACGUCAUGGGGAAAGAGGAUAAAUAAGCCUCACUAAGAAAAACCCUUUGUGGUUGGAAUGUUGCUAUUUACACUACAGGAACCGUGUGGUGGUAUUUUUACUCUGUUUAAUGACUAUUUUUAUAGAAGUGAAUGGCUAAGGUUUCUCUUUCUCUGUGUCCGUGUGCAGGCUGAAUGACGCCCCUGUCAGAGGUUAUGAGGACGAUGUGGGGAACAAGACCACUAUGCGUCUCUUCUACCCCGAGUCGGCCUACUACAACCCCAACAUGCACAACGACCCCGACACCCUCAUGGUCCUAGUGCCUUUCAAACAGCAGGACCUCCGCUGGCUCAAAGAGAUCCUGUACGACGAGAAGAGGGUACUGGAUGUGUGCGCACACACACCUCAAUUUUAGCUGCUUCCCUGGUACUUGCAAUCCAUCCGCGAAGUGACAGAAUGGACAGUAUCAAUGGCAGCCUUGCCAAACCUACUUGAAAAUGCAACUGUAGUCUCAGCAGCCCCAACACCCCCACUCUCUGGUUUAGCUCAGGCUGCUAUGGUCGCUAUUAGCACGAUUAGGAACAGGGUCGUUACUCCUUCAUUGCCCUGAGAAACUGAGGAGAAUGAGACUUAAACAGGGCCUCAAUUGUGUAGACACGGGCUCUGUGUACGCACUCACUAAUCAACACACCUUUUCCCUCCCUGUGUGUGUGUGUGUGUGUUUGCGUGUGUGUGUGUGUGGCCCUGUGUGUGUGUGUGUGUCAGGUGAGGAAAGGUUUCUGGAAGCCCCCUCCACAGAUCUGGCUGGGCAGGACAAGUCACAUCCGGGUGCUGGACCCUCACUUCCUGUAUGGGACGGCCAGCAGUCUGCUACAAAUCCCCCUUCACCCAAAGAGCAAACAGGUAAGGGACCAGCUCAGUUUACUCCUAGCCACUUGGGGAACCAGGAAAUGGGAAGAAAAUAAAUCCAUGUGAAGUGGACUUGAAUAAGACUGCAGUACUCGAAAAGGUGCAAUAUUUUAUUAGCGACAGCACUUAAAAGUGAAUAUAAUUUAGCUGUAAAUGAUUUAGCUAACAGGCUUUUUGACUUGGGAGGUCAAGAGUGGUGUUUGUACCACAUAACUACACAAAUGUACAUUUUGCUCCUCUUGCCAUUUCGUCAAACUCAUUACAAGAUAAGUCCUUAAUGUUUUCUAGGCCUCUCAGUACAUCCUUAGGAAAUAAUUGGUUGUUGAACAGGGGCCAGUGUUCUGUGCUGUCUGUAUACAUUUCUACCAGCUGCAGUUUGGAAAGGAGAAGGUCAGUUCCAAACGCUCUACUGAUUACCCAGAAAUGGAUGAGCAAAAAAAAACGAUACUGCAGGGAAUUCCACAAAAUAACAGUGGAACAUAUGCAGAAUGGAACAACAGAACUAAUGGAAUCAAUAAAAAUGAUUGCGGAAUAGAAUAUUGUGACGGAUGACAUUUGAAUAGUAAGCCAUUGAGCUGUUUUCUGUUCACAAAUUGGAGUACAAUUGUCUGUUUGGCUGAGGAAUUCUGGGUUUUGAAAUACAUGAUACAUUGAUUUGAACUAUAACUAAUGUGGAAUUAUGUUUUCAUUGGCCAAGAGGUCCAUCUGCCAAGAGGGCUUGUUCAGUGCAUGGUGGAGCUGUCUUUGAGAUGGAACAAAGCCAGGUUUAGUUUGGUUUAGUUUGUUCCCCCAGCAAGCCUCUGUGUCAGAGACUGAGACUGUGCACUCUUUGGACUGCUGAAACGCAAACACAACUGGCCGGUGUCUGUGCCGAGGGAACAGUGGGAAAGAAGGGGUCCUGCAGGCGAUCAACGGGGCAGCCUGACCAAAGCCCUCCUCCUCCAUCUGCGUGGCCCUACAGGCCAGAUGAGCUCAACCCUGGCUGGCUGGCUCCUGGCUGGAUGGGUGUCAUGCCGAGCACUCGGCCCUGGCCCCUUUCUCCUCUCCCCUCUCUCUCCUCUCCUCUCCCCUCUCUCUCCUCUCCCCCCUCUCUCUCCUCUCCCCUGUCUCUUUCCUGGGUCAGCCAGCUGCCAGCGUGAGUCUGAGCGGGCCUCUCUCACCCCUCCCUGUGGGUGCCAUGUUGGCAGUCAUCCACAUGCCCUGUGAGAAGGCGGCAGCAGCAGCAGCAGCAGCAGCAGGCAGUCCCCCUGGUACAAUACAGAGGCUGACUGAGAUGAGGAAGGCUAGAGGGCUAACUAAUGCCCCUGCCAGUGAGACAGCCCCCACCGUCAACCCACCCCCUUCCAAAACAAAGGUCUGACUCCCACCAUUCUGGUCUGGUUGGCGAACAGCAGUGACAAUAUUCACCCCCCCCCCCCCCCCCCCCCCUCUCACCAAGGCUCCAUGGGCCAAUGUCCAAACUAUGCGAAGCACUACAGAAGUUGGAGCGCUCGGUGACCGACCACAUGAGGCUAAUGCACACAGAAUGUCAGAUUUAGCCCAGCCAGGCUCAGGAAAAAAGGCACUUAUGCUAAGUGCAUUAGGAACCAGGUUUGGAGGAAUGUCCCGUACAGUGUGAUGAAGAGAGGAGAAUCACGGGUUUGAGAACUUGGCUGGUCUGGUCCAGUUUCUCUCUCUUUAGGGCCCGGGGAUGGCUGUCCAGGCCAGACAGCAUGCUUGUAAAGUCCUGCGGGCCACGCUCACAGAUAGAUAGACAGACAGACAGAUGCAUCCUUUUCCCACGCAGGAAUCCGACCUGUCUCACCUUGGCCAGGGGAAAGAGAUUGAAAGCAUGGUACCUAUAGGAGGAGCAGACGGACAGUUUUAUUCCUGUGUCACAAUAUUGAUGUCAUUUAAAAAGUGCCUCACUCAGACAUUUACCUUGGAAAGGGUCCUGCACUCAGUAUUGGUCUGCCAUUUUGAAGGUUUUAUGUAUUGUUGUUUUAUUUUCAUUUUAUUUCGCUGAUUUAUACUGCAGACCCCUAGCACCUCAGUAGGGGUCUAUUGGAAGGAAUUGAGAAAGUAGGGUGGAAUAAUGUGCCUGAACAAGAAGCUUCCUUGUAAAUGGUGGGUAGUUCAAUAAACCAAUGGUAAUGAUUACAUGGAACAGAUAAGGGAGAGUGGUGUAAGUUGUGCCAAAGGCGGUAAGUUGAGUCACCCUUGUUUCUACGAAACCAUACACAAUUAAUCAUUUGACCAAAUAUUUAGGAAGAGGUCAUAAUUUCAGUACAAACUGUUUGUUAGGUGUUAAGCCUGUGUUAAAAUAUGCUUAAGCCUGUGUUAAAAAGCGGUUGUGGUUGUGUAGAAUUGUGUUUUGGAAAUAAAAUAGUUUUAGAAAGGAAGUGGUAGUAUUUCAUUCAGUACAGAAAUGUGUAGGCGGCUUAACUUACUCUGUCCCGCGGCUCAUUUUACCCCAUACCCGGUAUAAGUUGUGCCAAGAGACCACUUUUUUUCAAAACUGUAAUGUUUACAUGAAUUCUGAUUAUUUCCAGGGAUACACAACAUCCUGAAAUAUAUGUAGAUACCAUCUCCUGAGUUGCACAGUGGUCUAAGGCACUGCAUCGCAGUGCUAACUGUGCCACUAGAGAUCCUGGUUCGAAUCCAGGCUCUGUCGCAGCCGGCCGCAACCGGGAGAUUAAUGGGCGGCGCACAAUUGGCCCAGCGUCGUCCAGGGUAGGGAAGGGAAUGGCCGGCAGGGAUGUAGCUCAGUUGAUAGAGCAUGGUGUUUGCAACGCCAGGGUUGUGGGUUCGAUUCCCACGGGGGGCCAGUAUAAAAAAAAAUAUAUGUAUUCACUGUAAGUCGCUCUGGAUAAGAGCGUCUGCUAAAUGACUAAAAUGUAAAUGUAAAUAUAUCUUUGUUAGAAAGAAUACUGUAUUUCCCUUGAUGGGAGUGAUGCUGAAUGUCAAAAAAGGCUCAACUCACCCCACUGUCCCCUAAAGGACAGAAUGGAAAGGCUAUUGGAAAGUGAAAUAGAGUGGAACAUUUGGAAAAGGGGAUGUUAUUUAACAAUUCCCCUCUGUUGCUCCUAUGAACAUUGGUAAUCAUUAACACACAGCAAUAGCGAAAACAAACCAGGGACACGCCUCACAUUUUACUGGAGACAAGUCCAAAGGCCUAAUACCAUCUCCAUUUGUCUAAGUAUACAUUAGUCUACUAAAUGAUGUAAAUGUAAAUGUAAUUAAGGGGCACACUGCUCUGUAAUAUACCAGUCAUGCCAACUAAUGUACUAAAAGUGCAGAACAAUGACUCAUGAGUUUUUACAGGUCUCUGCUGCCCCCUAGUGCCUUAAACAUAAUACUACACGUCUUACGAUACUGUAGGUCUCAUUGGUUUUGGUUCUCACGCCUACAGAAACCAGUACACCCCACUACAGGGAUCCUAGCCGUGUUCGUGGCACUCAACUACUGUGAUGUGGUCCACAUAGCUGGGUUUGGAUAUCCAGCGUCCAAAAACCAGAAGCAUCCUAUACACUACUAUGGAUAUGACACCAUGAAAUCCAUGAAGGUGAGUGUGCAUGGGAGUUUACUCAACUCCCAUGACAGAUAUCAACAAUCUUCAGUGUUAUACGCCAUGCUAGUAGAUUUUUCAGUACAGUGUGAUGUUAUGUUUAGGCUCUGCUUUCGUUCUGUUCCAGGAUUCCUACCAUGACCUUACCCACGAAGCAGAAGCCUUAAAAAAACUUGAGGAUUCGGGCGCUAUCCUGUACUUACACCCUCACUCCUGACACACAUACACACAUGGACACAGUCCAGAAACAGCCUCUAGCCCUUACCUCCUAGGAACUUCAUCAAAAUCUGCAAGGAAUUUUCACUGCACUGCUAAUACCUAUUUUUCUUCAGAUCUACACACAUGCCUAGAUGGUAGAGGCUAGCGGGUGUUUUAUGGACUGGGCUACACACAGAUGUCAGUUGUGGACUUGAAGCGUCUCGGCUAAAAAUACGGUCCAUACAGUCCAAACAUAAUACACACUCAUUGAGCCAAUCUUAAUUCACCUCAUUCUUAUUGAAAAUAACAAAAUAAUUUCUUAUUUUAAUUAACUUAAUUUUUUUUAGAUCUUUGUCUUUGAAAUGGUAGCACUGGAUAUUUUAUUGUAUG